ACACACACACACACACACACACAAAGACACUUUGCUCUCUAAUCUCCUUCUUCUUCCUCUCUUCUCGGCCCAAUCACAAACUCUCUCUCUCUCUCUCUCUCUCUCUCUACAAAAUAAACUUUGUGCCUCUCUCUCUCUAAAAUCCGCAGCGUUUUACUCUCCUCUGUCUCUAUUGCUGCUCUAGUUUCUUUCCGCAGUCACUAAAUCGCCACUGCAUGGCGGUUUAGAUAAACACUAAAUGUUAGAGAGCCGUACAGCUUGAGGAUUUAUUUCGCCUAUUUUUUUUUUUGAAAAUCCAACGGUUGAGAUUUCCUUGGACAACCCUUUAAUUCUUUUUUUUUUUAUAUAUAAUAAUAAUAAUAAUAAUAAUAAUAACAACAACAACAAUAAAUAAGAAUCAGAGGGAUAAUCACGAAGUAGGAAAAACGAAAAAAAAAAAACUCGGGAUUUUUGGUAGAGUUUUGUUGGUCUAAAAAUUUCUAGGGUUUGGUUUUUACAGGCUGGGGUAGGUUAGGUAAUACCGUAUAGUUACCAUUAUGGGUCUAGAAUUUUCCAGAAUUUCCUUAUUUUCCUCGUCUUUCUUAGCAGGGUAGUUUUGUCAUUUCUCUCUAAUUGCUAGUUCACUACUGGUGGUUAUAGAGAUGGGUCUUCUUAGCUUAAAGAAAAUUUGAAAAGCAAAGAGAAAACGAGAACUGCUUUAUAUGAGGGUUGAGAAGUAGUUUCCAAUAGAAAUAUUUUGGUUUAUGAGUUAAUAGUUUCAUUGAAUUUUAUUAAUUGGUUGAUUGUUGAAAUUUGUUUUUUUGACUCUAGAAGAGAGAGAAAAGUAUAUAGUGUACAGAGAGCAUAGUAACAUACACAAAUCUCUAAUUGCAGUGUACAGAGCAGUUUUUUCUGAAAGAUUUAGGGUUUUGGAUAUCUUGAUGAUGAAAAUGGGGUUGUCAAUGUGAAAGUAAUUGAUGUGAAAUUGGACAUAAUGCAUAUAUUACUGUUUUAGGAAGUUUUGGUAUAGUGUUGAGAGAGAUUGAUGUUGAAGUGAGGGUAUUUGAUAAAGAAAGUGAUAUUAGGUUCUUUUAUUUUUUGGUGAAGAAAUAGUUACCAUUUUGAAGGUGGAUUAAGGAAAAUUAACACGAAAAAAGAACUGGGUUUUCUUUACUACUUUGAUAUAUGAUAAUGGUUGGUUAUAUUUAUGGAUAGAAAUCAACCUGUGCUAGUGCCGGAAUGGUUGAAAAGUGCCGGAAGUGUCCCCACUGGUGGCAAUGCCAACCACCAAUCUACAUCAGCCUUAUUGCACUCUGAUGAUCAUCCUGGAUCGAAGCAUGAACAGAACAAGUUAGCCCAAAGUGGUAGUGAUCGCGAUGCACGUCCCCUAUCAGUUUUGGAAAGGACCACUUCUGCCUAUUUUCGCCGGAGUUCUAGCAACAAUAGUUCUGCUCACUUGCGUACUAACUGUAGUUUUGGUAGGACUCAGCGUGAUAGGGAUAGGGACAAUUCAAGUGAUUACAAUGACCAUGAAAAGUUGGUCUUAGGUGAUCAUAGACGCCAAGAGCUGUCUGGUCCACUGGGUAAUUUUUUACCAAGUAAGUUUGACAAAGAAAAGUUACGCCGUUCACUGUCUAUGGUUACUGGAAAACAAGAUGAAGCAUGGUCUAAGAAAUUAGCUGGUGAUUUGACUAACACUAACAAAAGUCAAUACAGCAAUAGCAAUGGCAAUGAUCUGUUUGCCAGGGUUAGUGUUGGUCGUACACAUGAUACUUCAUUUGAACAGGACUUCCCCUCACUUGGAGCUGAAGAAAGACAAGGUACUAUAAGCAGGGUGUCUUCUCCUGGCUUAAGUUCUUCCAUACAAACUAGCAAUGAUAGCUGGAAGUCUGCUCUGGCUGAGGUGCCAGUGGUCAUGGGAAGCAGCAGCAUUGGUGUUACAUCAGCUCCACAAGCUGUUCCUGCAAUCUCAGCUUCUAUGGUGCCGAGCAUUACUACAGGACUCAAUAUGGCUGAAUCGUUAGCACAGGUCCCUUCUCGUGCUCGUACACCUCCCCAGGCAACUGCUGGAGCACAAAGGCUUGAAGAGCUGGCUGUGAGGCAAUCAAAAUUGAUUCCCAUGACUCCUUCCACACCUAAAACCCUGGUAGUCAGUCCUUUGGAAAAAUCAAAACCGAAAAUUGUGCAACAGCAAUCUUCUGCCCACUUUGCGGUGAAUCAUACUCGUGGUCCUGGAAGAUCUGAUAAUUCAAAAAUAUCGAAUGAAGGCAGGCUUCAGGUCCUCAAACCAUCACGAGAAUUGAACAGCAUCUCUUCAGCUGUGAAAGAUAGCUCGAGUCCUACAAAUGGUAGCACACUAUUAGUUAGCCCGCUUGGAACCACUCCUUUGGCUGCUUCAUCUGGUCCCUUGAAGAGCUCAGGCCACAGUCCAAACCAUGCCCGCUAUUCUUCUGUUUUGCUGCCAACCAUGGAGAAGAGGUCAAUGUCUCAAGUCCAGAGCAGGAAUGAUUUUUUCAACCAUCUUAAGAAGAAAUCCUCUAUGAACUCCACUUCUGCGGUUUCAGACUCUAGUCCUACUCCAUUGUCAUCCAGCUCUGAGAAGUCUGGUGAAUCAGUUUCGGAAGCUGCUGCUGCUUCAGGUACUGGGCAUGGUGGGGAUUCUUCUUUACCAGAAAUCUCCAUUACAGGUUUGUCGAGUGACAAUGGUGAUGCUCACAACAGGCAUCGCGAGUUUGGCAAGAUAGAGAAGGAUCCAAAAUGUGAUGCGACUCCUAACCCAGAUGAGGAAGAGGCUGCUUUUCUACGUUCACUUGGUUGGGAUGAAAAUGCUGGAGAAGAUGAAGGCCUUACAGAGGAGGAGAUCAGAGCUUUCUAUGAGGAGUACAAGAAAAAAAGGCCGUCGAAACUUCUCCAUAAUGGAACAUAGCUGACAAUGACACUUGACUAUUAAAAUCGGAGCUGUGGCGACGCCUCAUCCGUGCUAAGGUCAUCCGACUUGGGACUCCCUAUAUAUGUAGACUGACUUGCAACUUUGAAUGGAUAUGGUUUCUUUUGUUCUCUUUCAUUCUUUGGUGAUGGAGAUUAAAAUCUGAUCCAAUGGCAUUAAAAGGAAUAGCGCACUGUCUGAGCUUGUUGGAAAUGGAUUGAGAUGAGUUAUAAUUGAUCCACUGCUGAAGAUAAAUGAUCUGAUAAACUUGUGUGUGUAGCUUAUUAGGGUUUUCUGAGGUGUAAAAGGUUGAGAGAAGAGGGAGGGUAGGAAUAGUUCUUUAUUUUCAUUAUGGUUUGCUACAUAGGGUACUGGAGAAAUAAAUAGGGUAUAAGAAAUUUGGGUUAAAUCUGUCAAGAGAAGAAUUCAACAAAAAGAUUUAUUCUGUUAAUUGCAAAAGCAAAGCAGCAAGAAAUUAAUUGUUGUUGGUUUUACUUUA